ACACAGUGACUACUUUCCAGUAAGACCACAAGUUAUCAAAUAGCCAUGUUCACUUUAUGAUAAAAUAUCAUUCGUAUAAGCCAGUCCUCCACAUUGUUCCUGCCCCUUGCAGAUCAGUUAGAGUAUUUUUAGCACUGAAACAACUGGGCUCCUAAAAAAGACCCGGGAGAGUCAGAGAGCUAAUGCUAUGUAAGGUAUCCCCCCCCUCAAAGCCCUGUGCUUUGUCUCCAGCCAAAAGAGACGGAAACAGUCAGGGAGGCUGGGUGAGAGAGAAAGAGACAGAGGGACAGGCAGGACAGACAAGAUUUUUCCAUUGGAAAGUUCUUUUCGACCUGGGCAGCUUCUCUGACCUCCAUUCAGACUGAUUUUCUGAAAUUUUCUGAACCUGAACUUGUUAGAACUCCUGUGGUGUCCAUUUGAGUUUAAUACCUGUGUGCUUGUGUAAAAGUGGAAGCCAUGAGGAUACCCUGGUUGGUAGUGCUGGUGUGUUUAAGCUUGGCAGCUCUUACCUGGGCCAAAAAGGGCCUGGAAUUCCCUCGCUAUGACGGCAAGGACAGAGUGUUGGACAUUGACAGCAAGAACUACCGCAAAGCGUUGAAGAACUACAAGAUGCUCGGUCUGCUCUACCAUGCACCAGUGCCGACCAACAAGGAGCUGCAGAAACAGUUCCAAAUGACUGAGUUGGUGCUGGAGAUGGCUGCUCAGGUCCUACAGGAAAAAGACAUUGGAUUUGGAAUGGUUGACUCUGAGAAGGAUGCCAAGGUCGCUAAGAAACUAGGUCUAGAAGAAGAGGGCAGCAUCUAUGUUUUUAAGGAAGAUCGUGUAAUUGAGUAUGAUGGACAACUUUCUGCAGACACCCUUGUGGAGUUCCUGCUGGAUCUGUUGGAGGAUCCAGUUGAGAUCAUUGACAAUGCCUUGGAGUUGCAGGCUUUUGACCGCAUGGAGGAGGACAUCAGAGUAAUUGGCUACUUCAAAAGUCUAGAUUCAGAGUAUUUCCUGGAUUUCCACGAAGCUGCUGAGCAUUUCCAGCCUUUUAUUAAAUUCUUUGCCACCUUUGACAAAUCUGUAGCAAAAGAGUUGACUCUUAAGCUAAAUGAAGUAGACUUCUAUGAGCCCUUCAUGGAGGAACCUGUCACCAUUCCAGACAAACCCUAUACUGAAGAGGAACUUGUGGCUUUUAUUAGUGAGCAUAAGAGACCAACACUGAAAAAACUGAGAGCUGAGGAUAUGUUCGAAACUUGGGAAGAUGACCUGAAUGGCUUUCAUAUUGUAGCCUUUGCAGAAGAGGAGGACCCAGAUGGUUUUGAGUUUUUGGAGAUUCUCAAAGAAGUUGCACGAGACAAUACACAGAACCCUAACUUGAGCAUUGUCUGGAUUGAUCCUGAUGACUUCCCUCUGCUACUUCCAUACUGGGAGAAGACAUUUAAAAUUGAUCUCUUCAGGCCUCAGAUUGGAAUAGUUAAUGUCACAGAUGCGGACAGUGUUUGGAUGAAAAUAGAGGAUGAUGAGGAUUUGCCCUCUGCUGAGGAACUGGAGGACUGGAUAAAGGAUGUGCUUUCUGGAAAGGUCAACACUGAAGAUGAUGAUGAUGAUGAUGAUGAUGAUGAUGAUGAUGAUGAUGACGACGACGAUGACGAAGAUGAUGACGACGAUGAGUAACUUAUGAACUUGAAUUCUAUGGAACCAAAACUAAAACGGCUUUUAAAUGUUUUUUAAUCGGCUUUUGUUUGCUCAGGGACAUCUGGAUCCUUGUAUGAGCACCUUAAUACCAUAAUCUUUCUGCACAUUUUGUGCAUCUCAAUGAACGUCAAAGUUUACACUCUCAUUAAUAAACAGAGCUCAGUGUAAAACUA